AUGUCAACCAUCCGUGCUCCGUCCAGGAAACUGGAUGAAUUCGAAGACAUGGUCUACGAGUACAGUUCACGAGUAGGAAUGGUGAACGGCAAUAACGAGGCAUGGACCAUCGAUCCCAACGAAUGUAAUUUCCGCUUCGAAUCCGCAACCCAAGGCCCCCCCGCCCAAGUCUCGUAUCUCCUCACCGUCGCCCCAAGCAUGUGCAAUUUCUCCGGAAACCUCCACGGCGGCUGCAGUGCGACUCUUGUCGAUAUGCUCUCCACCGCUAUCCUCCUAGGUAUCUCGAAACCGGGCCACUUCGCCAUGGGCGGGGUCAGUCGCAAUCUCAAGGUCACUUAUCUGCGUCCUGUGCCGGUGGAUUCGGAGAUUCGGGUAGUGUGUUCGGUGGUGCAUACGGGGCGGCGUAUGGCGCUUCUCAAGACGGAGAUUUUCAGGACUGAUACGGGGAAUUUGUGCUUGCUGGGUGAGCAUGAGAAGGCGAAUACGGAUCCAGAGGUGGAUGGGAAGUUGUGA